GUUGUGCAAUUACGAUUACUGUAAAGAGAACCACUUUGUACUUGUUGUAUGAAUGAGUUGAGGAGACAUUUUGUAAUAAUGGCUUCUACUCGUGUUUCUUCUUUACUAAAUCGUUUCAAAUUUGAACAGAAAGCGAAAAAGAAAUUGAAUGCUUCCGGAUCAAGUUACAAUGUUCUAGAGACGUCGAGCAUUUGUGAAAAUUCGUCGUCUGUGAAUGCGAAACACAGUGAAAUGAAUGGGGAUUCAACACUGUCUCGCUCAACAACGCCAGAUUCAGAUGCUAUUUUAUGCAUUCCGGAGACACCAACAUCAGACUUACCGGAGUCCAUAGAAUCAGGCAGCCCUGUGUUCCCUUCUGCCAAGAAAAGACUUGCAGAGAACAGUCAGAGAUCGCUUAUCAAAUCAACCAUUUCCAGCCUUCUCUCACCUACCACAGGCGGUACUAAGAGCCCCACAUUUGGCAAGCAACAGCAUCUUACGAAUGGAAACGGAAAGCAAUCCAGCCCGUCUUCUUCCCGUCGGACCAAGAAGAAGCAGAUCUGCUUUGUUGACUCUGAUGAGAGUGAAUCGGACAGUGAGUCAAUGUUACGGAGGGAAGAAUCAAGUUCGCAUUCUGCCGGCAAAAGUCAGGACAUGAAAUCAAACUCUGAGACAAAGUCCGACUCGACUCGCAUAUCAGAUGUAGAGACACAGAACAGCUUGGAGACUGUGCUUUACAGCUACGAAGAUCGUUCCGAGGGUUCACAACCUCAGCACCAGUCUGGCGGGUUGAAGAGAAAGCUCUCCGAGAUGUCAAGCGGUGGAGAGGAGGGUGGUGAUGAAGAUGAGAAAGAGGAGGAGGAUAAGAUGAAGAGAGAUGCCAUGGAACAGCUAAGGGUCUGCUUCCCACAUAAGGAUCACAAGGAACUGAAGAGGGCCUUGCAGUGCACAGAUUGGAACAUCAACAAGGCAGCCAAUGACCUCAUGCUGCUUGGGAGUCCCCCAAGGCGCAAGGUUUGCACCUCACCUACACUUGAAACUAAGAAGCCCUUGUUACCAAGAAGGUCAAUGAAGAAUCAAAGAACUACCAGGAUGCAUUUAGUGGAUGGCUGCAGAAACCAUCCACAAGUCAGCCCAAGAAGAAACGCCCACAACCCAAGAGGGUCAUCAGCUCUUCAGAUGACGAUGAAGACAUCUAUGGAGGAUGUGUCUCCUGUUAAGAAGAGCGAGGUUAAGUCUUUGGACAGCAGGAAGGACGAUGAUGACGAUGACGACGACGAUGAUGAUGAGAGCAAGAGCAAAGACGAAACUGGUGCUGGUUCAGGAAAGAUUGCAAAUGGGUUCUACAAAAAAGGAUCGUCGGCGCAGAAUGGCAUCGCAGGAAAGAAACCCUUCCGGAAAGUGUGGUCAGGGUUUCUCUCAGAUGAAAGCAGUUCUUCAGCCAAGACAACUGCCAAUAAAAUGCAGGCCAAAGCAGACUUUCUAGCUACAAAAGCAACCAUCACCAAACCUAACAAACCACCACGGGCGCCACGAUACAGCGAUUCAGAGGAGGAUCUCCACUAUGGCGAUAGUGGUUCUGAGUAUGAGGGGGAGGAAGAGGUUAGUCCAGAGUUCAGGGCAAUGGCCGUCUCUUUCUUCAAUGAUGCUACGGCAGAGGAGAUGAUCAGCAUCGAUGGAUGCUCCAAGGGCAAGGCAGAGAAGAUCAUCUCUAUCAGACCAUUUGACGAUUUUGCUGAUCUGGUGGAGAGGUUUGACGAGGCCAAGACGCUGAGCUCUGGUCUCAUCUGGAAUUGUGAGGCAGUGUUCCAGGAGCGUAGAGUCAUGACGGACCUGAUGGCUAAGUGCGUCAGCAUCUCAGACCGCAUCCAGAGGAAGGUCACGUCGGUCAUUGAGAACCCGGACCUGGCGGUCAAUGGUCAACUUACAAGACAACCAGCCCUGCUCAACAGAAGUAUGCAGUUGAAACCCUAUCAGUUGGUGGGCCUCAACUGGUUGAAGCUCAUGCACACAGAGAAAGUCAAUGGUAUACUGGCCGAUGAGAUGGGUCUUGGGAAGACAAUCCAAGUCAUUGCCUUCCUCUGUCAUCUCCUUGAGGAGAAUAACAAGGGACCGCAUCUCAUUGUAGCCCCAUCGUCCACUCUCGACAACUGGAUGCGGGAGCUCCAGACCUGGUGUCCGGCCCUCGAUUGCAUCCUCUAUCACGGAUCACAAAAGGACAGACAAGAGAUUCGCGAUGCCUUGCUCUACGACAACAUGUCAUGCCAUGUGAUUGUAACUUCGUAUAAUCUAUGUGCAAAUACCCCUGAGGAUAGAGGGAUAUUCAAGAAACUACCUAUGCAGUAUGCUAUCUUUGAUGAAGGUCAUAUGCUGAAGAACAUGAAAUCUCAGAGAUACCAACAUCUCAUGAAGAUUAGGGCUGAAAAGAGACUUCUACUCACAGGGACACCUCUACAAAACAACCUUCAAGAACUCAUCUCCCUAUUAGCUUUCACACUGCCAAAGAUGUUUGGUGGUAAGGCAGACGAACUCACCAGAGUUUUCAGUAUGAAGAAACAAAAAUCAGAAAACCCUCAUGAGCAGAGCAGCUAUGAGAUGGAGAGGAUAGCGCAUGCUAAACAGAUCAUGCAGCCAUUUUUACUUCGCAGGAUCAAAGAUGAUGUACUAAGCCAGCUACCGAAGAAGAAAGAACGGGUCGAGCAUGUCGAGAUGACAGAAGAACAGAAGAAAGGUUACAAUGACCUUGUGGCGUCCAUUUCCAAAGAGAUCAAGAGCUCAGAGAAUAAAGCUGGCAAGAUGUCCUGCGCCAUGAUGGAACUCAGGAAGCAGGCCAACCAUCCACUUCUUCGUAGAGGUCACUAUGACAACCAGAAGCUGAGGAAAAUGGCCAAGCUAAUGAUGGAUGAGCCUACCCAUUACGAUGCCAAUGAGGAGUACAUCUAUGAAGACAUGGAGGUGAUGAGUGAUUAUGAGCUUCACAGAUUGUGCCAUGAAUAUAGUGGCCUACGAGAGUACAGGCUGGACCAGGACCUGGUCACACAGUCAGGAAAGUUCCAGCUCCUGGAUAAGAUGCUGGCUGACCUUAAGGAGCAGGGAAGUCGAGUGCUUCUCUUCAGUCAGUUUGUAAUGGUCCUCGAUAUAGUACAAGAAUAUCUCAAGAUCAGAGGACACAAGUUUGUCCGCAUGGAUGGACAGACACCCGUUGCAGAGAGAGCACAGCUGAUUGACAAGUUCAACAAGAAUGACUCUGUCUUCAUCUUCAUGCUAUCGACUCGAGCUGGUGGCGUGGGCAUCAACCUGACUGCAGCUAACACUGUCAUCCUACAUGAUAUAGACUUCAAUCCCUACAAUGACAAACAAGCUGAAGAUAGAUGUCAUAGAGUCGGACAGACUAGGGAAGUGAGUGUAAUACGCCUUGUGAGUAAGCAGACGAUAGAGGAAGGGAUGUUAUCCUGUGCCAAGUACAAACUCAAGCUAGAAAAACAGAUGACCAGUGGAAUCUCAGGUGAAGAAGGAAAGGAUGAAGAUAAAGACAUUGCUAGUCUGCUCAGGGAUGCUCUUGAUUUAUGAUGAUACACCCUGUAUCAUCACUACCUCGUAUUCCUUCAUGUGCAUUCUACUAUAAAGAAUUACCUCGUUCGUAUUCACGAGUUGGAUUGAACCGAAUGAACCACUCACAUGGUUACUUACUGGAUAUGACGCUGAGUAGUAAUCAAUAGAGUACCAAAGCUGUGACAUCAUAAAAAUCUAUUUUUACAAUUUCUCCUUC